CGCAGCCGCCGGGAGGCUGAGUAAUCCCGCGCAUGCGCACACCGGCAAUUCUUUAGCAGCUGUAUUUCCUGCUCGCUGUUUCCUCUCGCAGCGAUGGCAGAAGUGAAAGCUUCCCUGACUUGUGGCGUCCUGGCGGCUCUCCUGGCGUCGGCGGCGCUCGCGUUUGUGGAGGAUUUAGACGACACAUUUAAAGACACCAGAGCCAAUGAUGUCUGGCUGGUUGAUUUCUAUGCACCGUGGUGCGGCUACUGCAAGAAGCUGGAGCCCGUGUGGCACGACGUGGGAGUGGAGCUGAAGAGCUCCGGGUCGCCGGUCCGCGUGGGGAAGAUGGACGCCACGGCCUACUCCGGAAUGUCGUCAGAGUUCGGUGUCCGCGGUUACCCCACAAUCAAAAUGUUAAAGGGGGAUCUUGCCUAUAAUUACAAAGGACCAAGGACCAAAGACGACAUCGUGGAGUUUGCCAACAGGGUGGCGGGACCGGCCGUCAGGGCGCUUCCCAGCAAGCAGAUGUUCGAGCACAUGAUGAAACGACACAACGUGCUGUUUGUGUACGUCGGCGGGGAGUCUCUCCUCAAAGAGAAGUACAACGACGUGGCCUCCGAGCUCAUCGUCUACACGUAUUUCUUCUCGGCUGCAGAGGAAGUCUUUCCCGAGUCGGUAACUUUGCCAGAGCUUCCUGCGGUCGUGGUCUUUAAGGACGGCGCCUACUUUACCUAUGAUGAGUACGCAGAUGCCAGUUUGUCUUCAUGGGUGAACAAGGAGCGCUUCCAAGGGUACCUGCAGAUCGAUGGCUUCACGCUCUACGAGCUCGGGGAAACAGGCAAAUUGGUAGCGAUUGCAGUCAUCGACGAGAAGGACCCCAGCGAGGAGAGUGGCAGAUUAAAGGCCCUGAUUCAGACGGUGGCGAAGGAAUACAGAGAGCAUUUUAACAGAGACUUCCAGUUCGGCCACAUGGACGGGAACGACUACAUCAACAGUCUCAUUAUGGGCGAGGUGACGGUGCCCUCCGUCAUCAUCCUCAACACGUCCAACGAGCAGUACUUCCUGCCCGGCCAGCUGAUCGAGACCACGGAGCAGCUGGUCCAAUUCAUCAACGGCGUUUUGAACGGUUCUGCGCAGGCGCACGGAGGGGACGGCUUCGUUCAGAGGAUCAAGCGUGUGGCCUUUGAUGCAAAGUCCACCAUCAUGUCGGUGUUUCGCAGCUCCCCGCUGCUGGGCUGCUUCCUUUUCGGCCUGCCGCUGGGCGUGAUCAGCCUGAUGUGCUACGGCAUCUGCACGGCCGAGACUGACGACGGCUCGGACGAAGCGGGGAAGAGGGAGGGGCUGACUGACGAGGAGGAAGACGAGGAGGACGAGGAGGAGGAGAGGCAUCGGGCCAAUGAGCUGGAGGGCCCGGAGGAGGACGAGGACGACGAGGAGGAGGAGGAGGAAGAGGAAGACGACGUCGACGUCGGAGAGAAGGAUCCCGAAGAGAAGAAAACCGAUUAACGCAGGUGCUCGGCCCGAAACGGAGGGUGAGCGGCCAGGUCGAAGGCGGUGGCAUGAAACUCAAAGACGCGUCAGUGUGCCGCUACUCGGCUUCUUUGUCUUUCAUAUCACUCCCACUGCGAGCCCCUCUAGCGCAGACGCCCCCCCCCCCCUCUGUGUUAAAGGUCGGCCGCCCAAGUGGAGCCGUCGAAUCGGUCACUCAGUUCACUCUUGGUGAUCACGUAAUGCGUGACGAGGGGGAGAGAGGUGGCUGUGAACCAGACAAACCUUAUUUAUUAAGAUUUGACCCCACCAGUGUGACGCUUUCUCUCGUUGUUUAGUAGCCACUAAAACGCGCCCGUCAUUUUUUUCUUUCUACCUGCAGUUCAUUCUGAUAUGUUAAGAUAGUAGAUGCAACACAUUUGUGUCAUCUUUACCCGACAAAGUCAAGGCUCAUUGUAAUCGACGUGUUUGGAAAGCAAAGGAAGUGCCAGAGAAGGAAAAUCUGCCAUAAAUGAGUUGUGCUUUUUUUUUAUUGUACGUUACUGCCUUCUUCUUCUUCUAGUGGUGCAGAGACAGCUGUGCAUUUCUACUCAUUUCCCACCUGUUGCUGUCCAUUUACGGGUGAAUGAAAAAAGAUGGAAUGGUGAUGGGAUUCAGUCGGUGUGAUCUAGGGAUAUGGCAUAUUCUCAUCAACAUGGCUUAGCGGCUCAGAAUCCUUAGUACUGACGGCUUGUACCUGUGUAGCAGACAUCCAUACAAUGCCUCAGCGGCCCCUGCAGCUUUUAACAAGUCAUAUUCUUCUGAUAGACCGGCCUGUCUCCUUCCAUAUUUCAAUCUGUCCUCCAUCACCGGUUGACGCAUUGAAUUCAGGAGGCAGGUUGAAGUUUAAAUCCUGAUACACUGAGAACACAAAAUAUAAUAUAUAUAUAUAUAUAUAUAUAUAUACAAUAUGUCUUCUUCUUGCUACUUAGUUUCACCCCCCUUUUUUUUCCUGCUGCCAUAAGUCACGAUUGUUGGUUUCCUCAAUGCUAUAUCCUAUUUCCAUACUGUCAUGAACAGAGUGUGUGCAGUAGCUGCAAUCGGGUUUGUGGCUUCAUCUUGGAUUUAAGUGGGCGAUCUGUUACAUUAAAUAAACAAGUGUUCCUAAAAUCUGCUCCACCCAGUGUAAUACACUUUUUAUGAGAAAUGCAAAUGUGGAGCUUUUCUGGCAGUGACUUACUAUUUAACUGUUAAUGACUGUAGGAGAAAAUAUAAGAGAACCUGUUGGCACUCAAACUCAUAAGGUGCAAUAUACAAUAUGAAGUGUCAAUGGCAGCAAAAGCAAAUGGUUCCAGAACUGUUUCCCAAUACAGAUAUAUGUCCACUCCCAGUAGGAAGAGUACAAACAAACACUAAUACCGACUUCUGUGAUUCAAAAUAAAGGGUUGUAGCUGAUACAUAAUACAGUUGACCAUUUUAAAAAUACUCUUAUCAAUGACGAAGCUGAAACUAAUCUCAUAUCUCGCGGGUAAACGUGCCAUCAGCGCGUUAGCUUAGCACAAAUGACGCAAUCAGCUCACCUGGUUUCCGGCAAAAGACGACAACCACCUGGCAGCACUUCUGACGCCGCUUUGGUUUUGCUGUGCACAAACUUUGCAUGCAGCGGUUUCUCCUUUUGAAGUAGCCACGCAAGCCCCUUGCUUUCAGUCUUUAUGCUAAGCUAACCUGCUGCUUACGUACCGUGCCAUGGUACUGGGAAGCUAACAAACGUACUUCCUUAAAAUGGCCAACUAUUCCCUUCCGAGUGGCGCACUGGAUUAUUAUUCGCGCUGCAUUUGUUUUCCAUUAAUCAUCCGAAAACACUCCUGCACACAAUCUGACGUACAGGACUGGCGAGUAAUUAAAAGUUUGAAAUGAGCAACGACGGCUUCGGUAACAAGCUUUUCUCUCCAGGGACACUUCAACACGUGGUGAUGAAUGAGCACGAAGCUCGUCCUCGACCUUGUGAGCAGGAAGAAGUCGUCUUAAUUCCGCGUCCUCGACUCGCUUUCAGUCGCGGCCCCGUUAAUCACAAGUGAACUCACGCGCGCUUAAUUCAGUAAUGAAUGUUUUCGAGCUAGUUAUGCUAUUAUUGUGCAAAGUUGAGCCACCCCUCUCGCACCCAAUUCAUAAAACAAAGUGAAUAAUAAGAUGGAUUCAUUUUGGUUAUUCUUGGUUUCAUCCUGCUUUUGUAGCUCAGCAAAUCUGCACAUCUGCUGUUUUUAACAGUUUGUAUUAUUACUGUGAAACUGCACUGAAGGAAACAUGCCCUCGCCUUGCCUUCUGGUCCCUGUAGUUGCCUACCAUUCUCUCUGAAUUGAGAUUGUCACACUUUGUUACCGGUUUGAAAGAUUGAAAUAAAGAUUGUCCUCUUUUCUUUUUUGU